UGUAAACAUGUUUAAUUUCUAUAAAUCAUAUUUUAGAGAUAAUGUUGAAAUAAUGACUGUUCCGGUCGUAGGAUCGUUGAGCCGGAAACCUCCCUGGAGAUAUCUCCCGGAGAUUCAUGCAACCCGGUUCUCAGUCUCAGCUUCUCUCAGACCUAAACUAGGUUUAUUAAUUCUCCUGGUUCUACUAGCACUCAGUUUAAUCCUUCUCCUGGUUCCACUGGUUACUCUCGGAACUCCGGAGAGGAAAGAACCAGUUACUUCAGUGCUACCUGUCUCAGCCUUUUCCACCCUUCUUCUCAACCUUCUAAAAACUGGUUCUAAUCCUGUCUUCAGUCCUUUCAGUCUUCUUAAGCUGACCCACAUGGUCCACAGCCUCCAAGCAGGGGAAUCUUCCCCCUACCCGGAGCUAAAGAUUGGAACCCUGCAAGAUCUGAACAAAAUAAUCCCGUCUUUCAAGUCCAAUAUACAUAUCAAUACAUCCUGCAUAAAUGAAAUCUCUUCAGGAUUUUCCGAGGUGGCUAGUUUUGUCGGAGCAACUCUGGAGGUUACCUCGGAUACAUGUGAUAAAUUUUCAAUUCUAAACACUAACAAACUUCAAGUGUCUCUAGCAAACUCUAAAAUGUCCGAAGAGGCAUUUUUGGUGAACUCUAAACUGACCAAAGUUAUUCCAAUGGCAGUGAUAUAUGCAGAGAUGAAUGUUGCCAAGUUCGAUCAAUGGGAGAUAGUGGAAGUGAAUCUGAACCCUGAGAUGAGUUUGCAAAUCCUGCUCCCGGCUCAAAUCAACGGACUCGGAGCUGUUCUAAACGAGACCCAGGGCGUGAUAUCCAGCGCAGGAAAAGGAAUUAACAAAAAUGUUGAAUUGAAACUUCCUAUUUUUUUAUCAGAGAACGCGUUUUCCAGUGCUGAGCUCCACGAAGCAGGGUUUAGAAAUAUUAUCUCCGGAGUAGGUUCAGAUCAUGCUCUAGGAGAAGGUGAACCUGUUUCUUCUAAACCUGUUCCGCACCUAGUUCAUAUUACCUGGGUUCAGCUUACUACGGAUGGUGGAGUGUUCAAGGAUCCGAAUCUAUCUGGUCUAGAGAAGAUCUCCUGUGAUAGAGAAUUCAUGUUCAACCUACUCUCAUCAAACCUUUCCGUUCCUCUCGUCUCCGGUAUAUUCAGGCCUGUCACGGAUCCAGUUAACAUCUCCGUUACGUAAUUGUCCUGCUGUCAGCUUUGUUACGACAUAGAUUUUACUGUUAACUUCGUCAUUUAAAAUAUUUAUUGUCAUUUUUGUCACAUUAUUGAUGUUGCGGUCAGCGUUGUCAUGUGAUAAAUACAGGUUUUUAUAAUCUUA